AUGAACUGGUUGACCGCGGUAGUCGCGUGUGCGGCGGUAUUGUUGCUGUCGAAACUCGAGGUAAGUUAGCUUUUUUUUUUUUUCGUAAUUUAACUCGAGAGUUUACUAUGAAGUACAAACUAUACGGAAUUAGGUUUGUUUUAAGGGAGCUGCACACCGAGGAAUAUUUCUACAUGAAACCGUUAAAUUUCAAAACAAAUAAAUACGCACGCCGGGUUUCACGAAACAAAAAUGUCGCAUAAUACUUGUAUAAUAUUUGCCUGACCACGGUUUCAUUUGAAAUUUGCGAUUUUGAUUUUACAGUUAAAAUUUAGUCAGAUUUCAUAUUAUUAUUGUUUUGUUAUUAAAUUAUUUUAUUCGUGAUCAGUUUUUAUUGAUCAAUUAUAAAUUAAUAAUUACUUACGACCGGUACAACUUGGACAUCACUAGAGGCGAUACGUCUUGUCUCCGAAUACGCCAAUUCGGUGACCGAACGUACAAAUUAGCGUUAUAGCACUUAUUCGGAAGACAUUGUUGAAAUUUAACAAUUUCGGUUUUAUUCGUAUGCGGCAAUUAUGUAACAAAUUUUAUGAUAUUUGUUUUAUAAAGCUAGUUGACUCGGCCUAAUUCGACUAGAGCGUAACAAUAAGAAAUGUGUGAACUAGACUAAGAAGUAUGUGUGUUGUUUUUGUCAACAACUAUUCUACCAGAAAUCGUCUUUUCUAAAAAAAGGCAAACCUUUCUUGAAACAUGUUGAAUAUUGUUGCGGCUGGUUUUUAAUUUGUCUAAUAGUCUCCUUUACAAUUAGAAAAAAACUAGGAAAAUCACGCGAUAAUGGUUUCUGUUGUUUUAGAUUUAAUUUGUUUUCUAUAAUUCAGUUAGAAAUAAUUACGGAAACCUGACAUUCUCAUAAAAUAUUUAUAUUAGCCCUUAAUUUCUUGACGCAUAAUUUUAAAACCAAAACCACGAAUUUUAAGUUAUUUAUACUUACUAUUUGAAAAUGUCUACAUUUUUUUCUUUUUCUUUUUAAUUGGUUUUAUGUGUAUAAUAUUGAAUUAGCCUAGUAAAAAUGCUCAAAAAUUUGACUGUUGUAUAAUCAAUUUUUUUUUUUAUAAGCUUUUCAAGUUCACAUGUUUACAUGAAUUAUACAAAUUUUAGCAUUUCCAAAAAUGUAUAACCAUAUUCUGCUCAACAUCGUUUUUGUUAGCGAUGAUUAAUCGUUGCGUACAAAUAUAAAUAAAAUUGAUCCAUCUACCUAUGUAGGUAAUAUAUUUUAACUAUUUAAUUUGCAACCUACACCGUGACGCACCCAUCAGCAGUAUCAGCUAUCUUUUUUUUUUAUUAUUGUUAUUAUUUUUACAAACAGUGUAAUUGUCAACAGAGUGGGACAUAUUGGGUCAUCUGCAGUGAGUUUGCUCACGAUUAUGCGAUAAUCAUAACAAAGCGCUAAUCAAUUAUAUUUUUGUACACCAGCGGUUCCCAAAGUGUGCGCCAUGGCGUCCUGGAGCACCUCGGUAACUGUGCAGAGGCGCAGCGUAACCAUUUUAAAUAUUUACUAGUCUAAAAAUAAAUUUAAAAUCGUCAUUUAAAAUAAAUUUUAAAUGACAGCGGAAACUGCGAGGCGUCAUUUUUUUGGAUUUUUCUCGAAAACUAUUUUUCAGUUAGUAAAAAUUCUCCAAAUUGAACCUUGAAAGAUGUGGAUGCCCAGUAGUACUAGAUUGAAAUAACUUCUAGAUUACCAAUAUGUUUUCUUUACAAUUUGAUAAAAUUUGAUAAUUGUUGAUACUUGGGUUUUAUUUACCUUGGUUACAUUUAGCAGUACAAUAGGAUAUACACCACGAUUAAUACUAAUCCGAUCACAAUAUGUUUUUUAUUAAAACAAAUGGCGGGUUAGGUGCAAGGGUGGGUUGCAAGGUCAGGGCAACGGUGUACUGAGAAAACUAUAAUUGAAAAGGGGAAUCAUGAGUCAAAAAUGUUUGGGAAGCACUGAUAUACACGAUUAAUCUUUAUGAAAUCUGAAUAAAAAAAAUUAUAAAAUAAUAUUACUCAUAUAUUACUAUAUGUUUAUUAUUAUUAUUAUAGGCCGCGGGUACCUAACCUGCUACUAGGUUUAAUCUAGAAGUACUUGAAUCACGCGCAAGAUCGAAUUAAAAGAUUAGAAUGUACAGGUACGCGAUCACGAUGUCGAUAUACACAUGAAACAAACUCUAACGAAAAUCAUCAAAAAAUGACCAGUGACUACUCCAAUGUACCAACUAGAAAACAUGUUAUAAUAGAAAGGAUUCUAUAAUCGUAAUUAAAUAUCUGAUAAAAAAAACUACUUGAAAUAAGAAAAUAAUAGCUGACAUAGGGGAAGUUGGAAAGGUCAGAUGUGUAAAUUUAUUUUCAAAGAUCGUAAUAUUUACGAUUUUAAAAUAAUACAUUUCGUAAAUUUUCACGGUUUUCCUCAUUUAUUAUGAAAACCCCUAGGAAAAUCAAAAAAUGACUUCCUUAAAGUACCACCCCAUUAAAAUUUCUAGAAGAAAAAUUGCUCACAGGAAAAAAAAAAUCAUUGUAAAACCAAUAUAAUUAUUUUCGUUAGGUUUUUUAGAUGUUUUUUCUGUUUUGCUCAAUUAUAAUCAAAACUACUUGUAAAAUCAAAAAAAAAACCUCUCUAAUGCAUCGACUUGGUAACAUUUUAUUUCAAGGAAGUUGCUACACUUGGUACAUCGGAGAAAGAUUUCUUUUCGAGAAGGUCUUUAACAUAAAAAAUAGACACAAAAAAUUUAAAAAUUACAAAAUGAAAAUUCACACAAAUCAUAGUAAAACCAUAAUAAAUCCGUCGUUACGCUCCGAAUCGAACGUCUAAUAUAAUAAAAACACUGUUUACAUAAGAUAAAUAUCUUGAAAAGUUAAACUUUAUAACCUAGUUAAUACGUUAUAACUAUAAUACAAACAAAUAAAUUAACUUAAAUGCGUUCUCUGUAUUGUUAGUCAUCAUGUGGCAUGUUAGUUUUCGUAAGCGUUCCAGCUCGUAAAUUUUUCCAUUUCGAACACUGAUAAUAAAUUUAAGGAAAUCAGACAAGUAGUAACAAUUGAACAAUACCUAUAGGUAUAUUAAAUAAGCACAAUUUAAUUACGAGUAGGUACCUAUGUCCGGAAAUUUAAAAAAAAAAAACUCAACAGUAUUAUAAAAUACAUAAAAAUGUAAACAUAAUAUAAUAUUUUAUAUUACGUAUACAUUAAUGAAAUUCAUCUACGCUUUAAAUGAGCCGGACUAUCUUUAUUCGGUAGUGGGUACUUGGGUUCUCGAUUUGGUACGUGUAUUGAUAUACACGUGUACACGUACCUUAAAUAAUGAAAUGUAAAUGCUAGUGUAUUUAAUUAAACGUGUUUUUGAAGUCCGUAUACACGUGUCUUGAAAGUUUAUCUAUCCGUGUAUUAGAAGUUGACCAAAUGUUAAAAUUAUUGUUUAACUCAAGUUAAGUUAAUUAGAAAAAAAAAAAAAAAAAUGCACAUUCUCUAUUACCUACUACAAGUAUAAUGGCGUAAUAAUCUACCUACAACCUCUAACCGGCAACAACAGUAAAAAAUUACAUGUUUCAAUAACAAUUCGUAUUUUCAAAUGUUCAUGAUAUUAUAUUUGAUAUUAAUAUAUAAUUAACGCUAGUUAAUUAAAAGUUAAUUUGUUUGUAUUCCUCAAGUUAACAAUUAAGUUAAUAGUUCAAAAAACAAUAAAUUAAUUACGUUAAAAAGUUAAAUUUACUUAACUUUAACUUAUUAACUAGUUAAUGCCCAACAUUGUAAAAUAGUAUUAAAAUAAGUAAUUAAAGUAUUAAAAACAUUUUGUACAGACGUGUAUGAAUUAAUUUUCCGUACUGCUACCAUAUAGCCUUCUGCAUACCACCAUGUUGCUUACCGCGUACCACAGUUUAAGAACCGCCACUGUAGACUGCAGGUCGAUAUUCAAGUUAAUUUUGAUACAUUUUUGGUUAAUUGACCUGAUAUUGACAGUGUCGACUUUACAGAGGCACGAAUUUUGUCACGCUAUGUAUAAAAAAAAAAAAACAAAUAAUAACUUAUACUAUGUUGAUCAGACUUUAGUUUUGAUAUUAAAAAAAGUCAAUUAUUCAAAUAGUAGUUGUAGAUAUCAGAGAUGUUAACAAUUUAGACUUCGAUAUUCGAUACCCAUGAAUAAAAAUAAAAUACAAAAACAUAUUAUAUUAAUUACAUUACUUACAUAUAUGUCCAUACGUUAUUAUAAAACAGUCAACACUGUUUAGAAUUUGGAUGUAAUAAUAGGAUUAUUUUAGUAUUUGUAUGAUUUAUUGAGACAUUUAAAUUUUUUUUUUUUUUUUUUAUACUUAUUUGGGAUUUAUUCGGGUUUUUUUUUUUUUGCACAAUUGUUUAUAAAAAUAAUAUUCAUCAAAACAACUACGUAUUACUUUUAUUACGAAUAGUAUCCAAUUUAAUUAUUUAGUGUGAGAAAAAGGAAUGUACAAUUAAAUCUAUUGUGUUUAUUAAUCAAUCAAUCAAUGUAUCGCAGGUACUGGUUUUUAAAUGUAAAAGAAUCAGGUAUACCUAUACGUUUUGUUUGAAGCAGAAUGUUUUAAAUUCCUUUGGUUUCGAUACGGCAUAUUAAAUCAGUUAAGUGGAUAAUUGUUUUCUUAUUUUAGAUAUUUUUUUUAAAUAAUUGAUAUUUUUAGUGCGUAUUUUAGAGGUUUUAAGUGUGCAUAUUUACUUGCAUAUUUAAUAUGAUUACAAGUAAUUUAACAUAAGCUACAAGUCUUACUCUGCCCUAAUAUUAUAAUGUACACUUCAGUAUUACAGCAAUGUACAUUAUUAUAGAAUAAAUAUCUAUUAAAUAUUUUUAAAAAAUUUGAGUUUUAAAAGCUCGCCUAUUCUUAUGUUUGUGUAUUUUUCAUCAAAUCAUUUUUAUCAAGUAAUUCAUCACGUGAAAAACAUAUAGGUAAUUGUUUUUGUUUUAUUUAAAUGGUAUUACACGUGCAGUUUUUUAAUGAGUAUACAUUAUAAAAGAAGACGUAAUAUCAAGUUGAGUUUGUAAAAUAAUAAAAUUAUAUCAUAUCAGUUAACUGUCAUAAUCAGCUUGACAGCUUAUCAGCGCUCCGGAGCAGACCGUAUGAUUUAUUGGUUUUACUGUUAUUACGUAUGUUAUUUUUUCAUUCUAUAAACAACUUUUCGAACUGAAAAAUUGCUCCUGUCGAAAAAUUAUAAGUGACUUUUUUGUUGGAUUUUUAAUUUAGUUUGUGAUAAGGAAAGUCAAUGAACGAUCUUUUCUGUAGUUUAAAAAAAAAAAAACCGUAGUAAUAAUGAUUGAGAAAAUAAUGAUUUCAUUAUUUUUCAAUUUUGUUGUAAUUCGUUUAAAAAUAUUCGUGUAGAGAAUUUAAAUUUUAUCAGAACACUAACUACUGUACUUACCUUUUCCAGACGAUCAAAAAUAUUUUAGCGAUUGUUGAGUUAUUUGUAAGCAUUUUAUCUUUACUUAAGUUGUUUACGUAGUUUUUAUUUGGUGGGUUCUAGAUGGAUACAAUUAUUUUUUGACCAAACGUAAACGCUUAAAAAUUUACCACGAGAUUCAUUACAAGUUAUGGACUUAGUGGUCAAAGAAUAAAAACUAGAGUGUAAUAAUACAGUCGUUUUUUUUUUUUUGUACACUGAUGUUGUAAAGAGAACAUUGUGAUGAAAAUCAUAAUGAAUAUUACGGCCUUACAAAUCGUGUGUAAACGAAUUUCAUUCAGAAUCGUUUUCCGUUUUCAAUGGUUUAUCGUUGUAUACGGACAUAAAUCAAAUAACUUUACGGAUCCUCCUUCCGAACUCCGCGUCUACAACAGUGGCGCACCCAUCGGCGGUAUCAGAUUUGUAUUUGAUUUUCUUUGUCCACCAAAUAUAAUUGAAAAUAAACUCUAAAAUGAACACCGUGUUAAAUUUUCUGUUUGGCCGGACAAAUCUUGCCUCACUCGUUUGAUAACUGAUGUUCAGGGCCGCAAACAUAUUAUAUUUUAUCGUUCUAUCUGCGUACCGCGAUGAUAAUAUAAUUUUACGUAUUUAUGGUGUUGUAUUUUUUGUUUUGUUUUUUUUUUUUCAUAGGGUUUCGACUGCGAUACCAACUGCGAUACGCUAAUAUUACCGGAAUCUAAAUAUCCAUCGACAUCCGACGAGUUUCACUUGUCGCCGUCCGAAAUCGCUCUGCUGUCUUCGAAGGUUUCCGCGGCGGCGGUCCAGCCGUCGCCGCAAAGUUCGCCGACAACACUCGCGCUGAUCAACGCCAUCUCGACGUCGCCGUACUUGCUGUCUUACCUGCCGCCGCCGUUGGUUUUUAAUUUCCUCAGCGAGUUGACCUCGUCGCCCGUCAAUUUGCACUCCGUAGAACCGUCGACCGUCGCGUCUUUAAUCCACUCGCUGUGCUCGUCAACGUCCCUGUUCAAAGUCGCGCCGAUCCGCGCGCUGGUCGAUUUCGUGACGGCGAUCGCCGUGUCUCCGGAAAUCCUGAGCGCCGUGCCGCCGUCCACGAUCGUCCGUCUUUUGAACAAGAUCCACGGCGAAACGCCCGGCGUACUGUGCGCCCUGUCUCCCGCGGUGAGAGUCUCGUUGAUCUCGUGCCUGUUGUCUCCGGGGGUGCUCGGCUCGUUAAAACCGACCGACGUCCUGUUCCUGGUCCGCAUGUUUCUGGACACCGGACGCGUACUGGCCGAAUUGCCGUUUUCCGGUGUGGUCGAGUUGCUGAAAACGAUAUCGUCGUCCCCGGUACUCUUGGGCAACAUACCCACGUGUCUGAUAGUGGAUUUGCUGCACCGGAUCUCCGAACUGGCCUCGUCGUUGUUUUGCGCGAUCCCGCUGGACGUCACCAACGCAUUGCUCGGCCCGAUCAUCACGGCCGUACCCGGUCAAUCGCCGACGACGCUCUUACGGCUGACCGCCGUCGUGACUUCGUCGCCGUACAUAUUCAACAUACUGGAUCCGUCGAUUUUGUCUUCGUUGUUGAUCGCGCUGUCGCAGCCCGAAACGCUGAGCGCCGUGCCGCCCGCCGUGCUCGUGAAACUGUUGACCGACUUGUCGAACAGACUGUCGAAAAACAUCAAAGCCGAGGCAAUCGUCGGCAUACUGCACGGUAUCGCGUCCGCGUCGCCCGAUCUUCUGUGCGAUUUGCCGUGUUCCGCGCGUUCCGUUUACGUGACGAGUUUAACCUCCCGCGAGGUGACCGACACGCUUUCGCAUCAAACGAGCGUCAAACUGAUCGACAUUUUGUGCAACACGCCGUGCUUCCUGGCGGAAUUGCCGCCGAGUUCCGUAAACCGGAUAAUCGCGUUCGUCGUCUCCGACGAGGAACUCUUGCGCGCCGUACCCCCGGAGAAUAUCGUCGGUUUGAUUUUCAACAUAACGGUCCUGUCGCCGUCCAUGUUACGGGAGACGCGGCCCGGCGACAUUGGGAAACUGUUAUCGCCGCUAUACACAACGUCGGCGUUGAGCGCGUUGCGUCCGAGUUGUUUUGAAAAACUGUUGUCCAGCAUUGCGUGUUCCCCGUUUCUGACGCGCGCGAUCCCGGCCGCCCAGAUCGUAAACAUACUCACCAUGCUCAACUCGUCCCGCGAUACCAUCAAAGAGAUACCGUACAGCGUUUACGUCAACAUGCUAACGCACAUUUUCACCACGGCGGAGCUUUUAUCCGAAAUCCCGUUCGUUUUGCUGUUAAACCUGCUGGUGAAAAUCGAAAGCGAUUGCGCGCCGGGCGUGGUGUGCGCAAUACCGCCCGCCGCGAUUUCCGCGUUUUUCGACUAUCUAACAGAGAAACCCGCCGCGUUGAGGUCGUGCGCGCCGACGGACAUGAGAAACAUAGUGUACUUGCUGGCGAAAUGCCCGUACUUUUUGACGCAAACGUCGACGGCGACUUUGAACGUUCUGUUGGAAUCGAUAGCCGCGUUGUCCGCGGUCGCCAACGCCGUGCCGACCGAAAUAUUCGUCGAACUCGUCGACAGCGUGUGUUCGCUCUCCCCGUCCAUAUUCUGUUCGCUGUCCCCGAGAGCGAUUCGCGCCAUAACGAACUCGUUCGAUUCGCUCGACACGUUAAGCGGUUUGAGUUCCAAAACCAUUGUCGAGCUGACGACCGCCGUUUCGGGAUGCCCAUGUCUGCUGUCGGCUCUGGAUCGCCGGACGGUGGCCAACCUGCUGGACGCGUUGUCCGCGUCACCGGGCGCGCUGCGCCUCCUACGGCCCGACGUUGUCGUAAAUCUAAUCGCUUUGAUAUCGUCCGGCGACGGCCCGACCACGACCGUGCCGGCGUAUCCGCUGAUCCGGUUCCUGCGAGCGUUGUCCUUGGUGUCGCCGUCCGCGUUAUGCGCAAUACCGACGUCGGUGUACACGGUGUUGUUGAACCCGCUGAAAUCGCUGAACGCGGUCAACGAUUUGACAUACACGGGCGUCGAGAAUUUAAUAGACGUCUUGAUCGCGACCCCUUGUCUUUUGGGCGCACUGCCGCGGCCCAUAUUGGCGAAUACGAUCGUCGCGAUAACGCACACGUUUACCGCUUUACCGUACGCGAAAAUAAUCGCCCUGUUGACUGCCGUACAUUCCGUAUCGCCGUCGCUAAUGUGCAUUGUGCCGGACGACGUGCUGACGGAAUUGCUGGCGAUUUUCGCCGUCCAAUCGGAACUAAGCGCGUUGCCGUCGGAAUUUCUCACGGCUUUCGUCGGCCUCGCGUCCUCUUCGCCGUGUUUGUUGGACCUGAUGCCGGCGCCCGCGCUCGAAUCGCUCCUAAAGCAUUUGUCGUCGUCACCGAGAUUGCUGAAAGACGUAUUGCCGUCUGACGUGUUGGAAAAUUUCCUGAUAAAAUUGUCGUUGACGCGGUCGCGUUUGAGAGACGUACGGUUAUCGCUGAUCGUCCAAUUACUGUCGGCUCUGUUCCCCGCGCCGGGCCGCUCGACGUGCGCUCUACAGCCGAUGGUGGUGCACGCCUUACUGGCGCCUCUGUGCGACGACCAAACGGUUUUCGAACUCGGACCCGCGGACGUGGCCACAUUGCUCGACGUCGCGUCGUCGGUCCCGUGCGUGCUGAACGCCAUCGCCGGCACCACGUUGGACACUCUGAUUUCCAAGGUGGCCUCGUCGUCGCACUUGGUCACAAACAUAUCGCCGUCAUUGCUGACGUCGUUCAUCGGCGCGGUCACGUCUUCGCAAACAGCGCUGAACGCCGUCCGGCCGCUGACCAUCGUGCACUUGCUGACCACGGUAGCGAUGCGACAGCCGUCCGUCUUGUCGUCCCUGCCGCCGCGCGUGGCCACCGCGCUGCUGGACGCGUUCCGGUCCCCGGAGACGUUCGCCGCGCUGCCGCCGCCCGUCGUCAACAACUUCAUAAAUCUACUGAUGACGUUCCCGAAUAUAUUGGUCGCGCUACCGUUGUCCACGCUGAACGCGCUGUUGGGUUUCUUGUCGUCGUCGCCGACCGCGAUCGGUUUGCUGCCGUCGUGCACCCUGGUCAGAUUUCUCACCGUGUUGUCCUCGUUGCCGCCGUUGCUCGACGCCCUGCCGCCCGGCCUGCUCGUCUCGUUCGUCUCGGCGGUUUCCGCGGCGUCGCCGAAAUUCCUGUGCGUUUUACCGCCCGCCGUCCCGAUCGCUCUGCUAAAGUCCGUCACGUCCGACGCGGCUUUGGCGUCGUCCACUCCCGCCACGAUCGCUUCGCUGAUAUCGACGUUGAACAGAUCGAGUUGUCUGAUCCACGUCGUGCCGACGCCCGUGCUCGUGUCGUUGCUCGCGUUCCUGGCCGGUCAUCAACAUUUACUGCGCGAAACGUCCAGGUGCGACCUGGUCGCGUUCGUGAACAACGUCCAGUCGCCCGGUACCGUGCCCCGGGUCUGCCCCGCGGGCGCUCAUCCGGCGUGCCCGACGUCCAAUCACUUCGAAGACUUUUCGUCGUUCAAAAUACGUUCGCCGGCCGUAAACGCGGACAACGCUGCGAACGCGACCGCGAAAUGUUUAAACCAUAACGACAACACCGCGACGAAAGUAUUCCCGAACACUCAGAUUCCCGGAACGGCGGCGCCCAAAUACGAGGCCGGGCCCACCCAUACCGGCAGAGACGACGGGCCGCACGCAAGCGCGACCGACAAUCCCAAAAACAACGAUAGGCUAUUCGACCUGAUACCGAAAUUGAUCCUUCCGGAGACCGCGAACGAAGCUACGGUAUACGUAUUUCCCAAAAGAAAAACGCGAUCGAUUUCGAACACGAACACAACCGCGUGACGGGGGAAAAUAAAAAAAAACGGUUUUAUUAGUAGAGAAACAGUAAAAAUCUUAUUAUAUUUUCCUAUACAAUUACAUUCUAGAUUGACAAUUGUACGAAACGGCGGAAUUUCGUAAAACAAACGCGAG